GUAUCUUUGUCUUACACAAUUUCAUAUUUCUAUUUACUAAUCAUUCAUUCAUUAUUUUAUUAUCAUUUUGAGUUUCUUUUUGUUCUGAAAUCAUCAUCAUUUGAUAUCUUGGGUGUGUUGCUUGCCAUCUUGAAUGAUUGUGCAUGCGUCUUUCCAAAAUUUGUGUUUGCUAUAGUUGGCACCUCAUUUUUAAUGUUCGUCAUCUUUAAUUUAAUUUUCAGAUUAGCGUGAUUCUAUGUAAUGAUGUAACAUGCAAAGCAGAUGUUUUUACAUAUUAUAAUUUGCAUUACAAUAUCGGAGUGAUAAAGAUGAGACUGAUGUCUCAAUCGCAACAGCUACACUAAAGCACGUAAAUGAUUCUAUCAGCAUUGAUCCUAACAUGCUGGAUGAGAACUCAGCUGAGUAUGAUCCUCAGUCUCAAAAAUUUAAUUUAGUUCCAGGUGAUACUAUCAUAGCACUUGGCCGCUAUAAUGGAGAACAAAAUGGGCUUAUGGUUAUUGCUGGGGAGUUUAGUAUUAAUUUAACAGGAUUGGAUUGCCCAGAGCUUUUUAGAGCUGAGUUUGAAAUUGUCAGACAUGGAAUUGGGGGACCAAUCAUCAAUCGCUAUGGAGAAGUGAUAGGAAUUACCUUUUAUUGUGCUUCACUCACGCCUUUUCUGCCAAUCAACCUAAUCUCAUUGUGGUGGGAGCAGUUUAAGAACAAAGGGCAUUGUCUUCUACCUCGUCUUGGAAUGGAGUUGAGCAAUCUUUAUUUAUGGGAUAUAGCUUUUCUGGAGUCGGUGAUAAAAAGGUUUCCAAAUGUCUUUCAAGGUGUUGUCGUGGAAGAGAUAGAGUCCAAUGGUUCUUCUACUGCGCUGUCGGAAAAUGAUGUCAUUAUUGAAUGUGAUGGAAAACCUAUACAAAAUGUUUUGGAGUUUUUUGAGUUGAUAUGGGACAAGGUUGGUUACCCUGUUGAUCUGACUGUGCUACGGCCAAGUGAUGGGACUCAUUUGAAUGUAACAAUGGUUGUUGGUAAUGUUGGCCCGAAUGAAACUAAUCGAUGGCCGUUCCCCAAAAGGAACCUUGGAAGACAUAGAAAACUCUGUAAUUGAUAUUGAUUGCAGGCACCAUUAUUCCUCAACCACAAAUGUAUAUUUUUUGAGAGCAAAAUUGCUGAUUCAGUUAAAUAGUUAAUUACCUCUACUUAUGCGUGUGAUCUAGCUCUAUCUCUUUGUGGCCCUUCGGAGUAUGUGUGUAAUUCACUUGUACUACCACUACUAAUUAUGAGUUGAUUGUUCUGCAUGUGAG